GGCAGCAAUUGGAGCUCCGCUUGACCGGGUCUGGUAUCCGCCCUCUCUCUCUCUCUCCCUCUCCCUCUCCCUCUCUGUCUCUCUCUUCACAAAUUGAUUAACAUUCACGCUAAAGCUUUCUUCUUCUUCUUUUUCUUCAAAACCUAACCCCAGCUGCAAUUCUUCUAUUUCCUUUGCCCGAGGAACAGAGAGAGAGAGAGAGAGGAAGGAGCGGAGAGAGAGAAUGAUGUGGGUGUUCUAUCUGAUAUCGAUGCCUCUAACGCUGGGCAUGGUGCUUUUAACUCUGAAAUACUUCGCUGGACCGUAUGUGCCUCGAUACGUCCUUUUCACCGUUGGAUACACCUGGUUCUGCUCUCUCUCCAUCAUCAUCCUCGUCCCCGCCGACAUUUGGACGACAAUAAUUGGUCAACAUAAUGGAGGGAUCUCUUUCUUUUGGAGUUGGUCAUACUGGAGUACAUUUUUACUUACUUGGGCUGUGGUGCCUAUAAUUCAGGGUUAUGAAGAUGCUGGGGACUUCACUGUGGCAGAAAGAUUGAAGACUAGUGUACAUGUAAACUUAGUCUUCUACCUGUGUAUCGGUUCUAUUGGACUUUUUGGACUUAUACUGCUCAUUAUUUUGCGCAAAUACAGGAAUGUUACUAUUCUUGGUUUUGCGAUGGCUUGUUCAAAUACUUUUGGGCUCGUAACUGGUGCAUUUCUUCUUGGCUUUGGUUUGAGUGAGAUUCCAAAGGGUAUCUGGAAAAAUGUUGAUUGGACUUUUCGUCAAAAGGUUCUUUCUCAAAAAGUGGCUAAAAUGGCUGUGAAACUUGAUGAUGCUCAUCAAGAAUUUUCAAAUGCAAUUGUAGUUGCUCAAGCAACAUCAAAGCAAAUGUCUAAGCGUGAUCCUUUGAGACCCUACAUGAAUGUUAUUGAUAACAUGUUGCUUCAGAUGUUUAGCGAAGAUCCAUCUUUCAAACCACAAGGUGGAAGAUUUGGAGAAAAUGAUAUGGAUUAUGACACGGAUGAAAAAUCAAUGGCGGCUCUUAGGCUUCAAAUUAAAAGAGCUCGAGAGGAGUAUUACCGGUGCAAAAGUGAAUAUAUGAAUUUUGUGAUGGAAGCCCUCGAACUGGAGGACACUAUAAAGAAUUACGAUCGUCGCCAUGCCACUGGAUGGAAAUUCAUUUCAAGCUUUAGGCCUGAGCGAGCAGGCGCACUAGGAUCCUUUCUUGAUAUGAUUGAGUUGGUCUACCGGUGUAUUCUAAGGAAGCAACUUGAGAAAGUCUUGGCUGUGAUACUUGGUUGCAUGUCAGCUGCAAUUCUGUUGGCUGAGGCUACUAUACUUCCAAGUGGAGUUGAUUUGUCUCUAUUCUCUAUACUGAUAAAUGCUGUAGGAAAGCAAGAGGUACUAGUGCAGGUAAAUUCUGUAAUAAUUUUUUUUUUAGUGCUUUUAGUUGCAUGAGCUCAUCUUUGGUGA